AUGGACGGAUCGCAACAAAAACUUUUAAUUUCCCAGCUGCUUAUUUCUUUGCCCUUUUCCUCAACAAAUAUUUCAAGUAUGUCCUUAAUAAAUCAACAACAACAAAUUCAACAAAACCAUCAAAUAAUGGUUAUGCCCCCAGCUGAUUCUAUUGACGAAUCAGAACUUUGGUCAGUCCAUUCAAUGUCCGAAUUGGUAGAAAUGCUUUAUCAAAUGUGUUUCUUUGCUGUUGGAGCGCCUUUGAAUGCUAUUUCUUUAAAGAAUUUUUAUAAAAAACGAACAAAAGCACAUUCUGGUGAAAUGAGACUAAUUCGUCUUUCCAGGCAAUUGUUGAUUGCUCAUUUAAUGGUUCUUUGUAUUUAUUGUUUAUGGAGAACUUAUUGGAUUUGGAAUAUCCAUUGGACAUUAGGCAAUACAAUGUGUAAAGCCUAUUCUUUUCUUUCAACACUUCCCUUCCAUUUAUGGUCAAAUAUGGUUGCCGCAAUUGCUAUAGAUAUGUUAUUUUGUAUUAGAAUGCCUCUUGGAAGUGUGACAAAUGGAAAUAAAAGAGUUACUUGGCUAAUAGCGAUAGCUUGGAUUCUCGCAAUUGCUUGUGCUGCCCCAAUGACAAUAUUCCGUGGCACUCGUACCAUUCCACGCACUAAACCUGUUCUUAUGCAAUGUUAUCAUCUACAUGGUUUUACUAACGAACAAAUUAUGGGUUUUCACUUUUUCCACGUGAUAACAACUUUUUAUUUGCCUUUGGGUGUAAUUCUUUUUUGUUAUGUUUCAAUCGGUUUAUCUCUCCGUAGUCAAGGUGCAAGUCUUCUCCGUCAAGGAAUUUCUCUCGCAAAUACAGACCAACAUAGAAGAAUGCAACAAAAUACAAAAUUAAGAUUUUUAAAAGCUUCAGCAGCAAUUGUUUGUGCUUUUGUAUUAAGUUGGUUACCCUAUCAAGUAAUGGCCCUUUUACGUGUUGUUUGUGAAGCGGAUUCUAAAUGUGAAAAAAUGGCCUCUAAUUUUAAUUGGCUACAAUCAAUUUUGCUUGCAAGUACAUGUAUCAAUCCUUUCCUCUAUCGUUUCGGCAUUUUCCGAAGCAGUGGAGGCAACAAUGGAAUCAAAACCGAAAAACGAAAAAUGGCUGGAUUUCUUUUAACACCUGGAAAUGGGACUUGUUUUGGAGAAUCUGGGGCAAUAAUUCCAGCAAUUGCUUUACCUUCAUCAACAAUUUAUAGAAGUGGAAGUAAUGGAAGUGCAAGAAUAUAUGAACCAAAUUCUUCCUUUCAUUCUAUUCGAAGCACAACUACCUCGAUUGGAGCCAGAAAAUCUACCUCAGUUAAUUCUAGAGAUUUACAUUCUGCUGAUUGUUUAGCAAAUCAGAAAAAUAUUAAUUUAUUUAUUUUUGAAAAUCAAAAUAUUAACAACAAUUUAAUUUCUCAAUCAAAACAUUAUAAAUUAAAUGAAAAUAGAAAAAAUGGAAUGAUAUAUCAACGUUUAGAUAAUGGAUAUUCAACAGAAAAUAAAAUAAAUUUACAGCAACAAUUACAUCCUUUAAUUAAAAGAUAUCCUAGUCCUCUCUGA